UAUUAAAUACGUUGGUAGUAGUUCGUAGUUCUGUUCGCAAAAGAUGUAAAUAAUAUUCAAUAUUAUUCAAUACGCAUUUACGCAAUAAGUUCUUUUUCGAAAUACUGGAGCACUAUAAAAUAAAAAAAACACGACAUAUAGACACAUUAGCAAUAUACCUUUGUGUAAAAAAAAAAACAAAUAAAAAUGCCUCCGCACAACAAAUUUGAAGGCAUAGUGAAAAUCGCAAAUCCUUUCGAGCUACCGAUUUAUAAAAAAGGAGGUCCGAGUUUAGAAGAGCACAGUGCCGUGUACUACAGUGGCAGCAACAUCCAACACGAGGUGGCAGAUGAUGAUGAUGAUGAGCCUGUUGUACAAAUUACUACGAGGGCUAGAUAUACGUAUGAGCUUGACAGAUUCGAAAAAAACGCAAUGUUAGUUAUAAACAACAGCGACGCAGAUGUCGAAAUGACAUUAUAUUUCUUACACGCGUUUCAAAACCACAGAUUUCAGUUAAUGGCCAUAGAAACUGAACAUAGUAGCACAGACGAGAUUUGGCAUAAAAUUGACCAGUUUUUCCAGCAAGAUUUCUCAACCUUUGGCGCAGUCGCUGUCGCGACGUUGUCGUGUCCAGAUGAAAAUACGACAGAAAGAGAAAACUGCGUGCAAGAGUGGGAUGUGCUGAACUAUUUCCUUAGCAACCAGCCUUCUACUCUUCAGGAGAAACCGAAGAUUUUUAUAAGUGAGGCACUUGAACCGUCUAGUCUUCCCGCAGUCACAAGGCUUCCAAGUGACAUCGUGCUUAUACAGACCCAAAGCGUUACCAGAGAGAAGGGCUUCCGUCCACUAAAUCUCCUGUGUUACAAGUUCAUCUCGAUGGAAGGUCAACGAGACUUCCUCGAGAUACUCUCUGAACUAAACUACGAAGCGAGCCAAGCUUUCCCUACACCAUCACCUAUUAAUUUCCUAAACAUGCUCACGAAAGAAUUGAUGUUUCAAAAAGACAUCGCACAAGAGGACGAAGUUGAUGACUGGAUGGCCAAAAUGGCGGAUCCUGUUUUAUUUCAGAUCUGUUGGCGAAUGUUUAUGCAAACUAAAAGUGCUGCUGGUGAGAAUAUUGAGUUGACAGCGGAAGAAAUUCGGAAUUCGGUUGUUGAAUACAAUGAUAAAAAAAAAGGCUGCCCAUAGUUGCAAGCAUGACUGGCAUCUUUGCACCACAUGUACUAGAUUGCCUGCCAAAUAUUAAAAAUGCAACCAAAACCGGAAUGAUGUCAAGUGUUAUUAGAAAUAUUAAAUUCAGAAUUAACAAAUAAUUGAGUAUUA